UACGUUUCCGCCGACUGAAAAGCCAACGGGAAACUUGUACUAACAGGCUGAGCAAGAAAAGUGUUAGCUUCUGUAAUUUUUGAUCCUUGUUCUCUCAGAGUUAUCUGUUUUAGGCCUCCUGACUGUCGCCACAGCGCCGUCACGUUGUUUGGGUGGCUGAUCGUGGGAGGGACUGAGGAGUGACCGCGGCGAUAAGGCUGCCCUGCCCUUUAAAAGCAGCUAUAUCACAGGACUGUCAGCAUGCUAGAGACUGUAUGUCUGUAGUCUGCUGUUGCUUUUACCUUUUAUAUACAGCGUAUCAACUAUCCGGACUGAGAGAUGACCAUGUGGCUGCCUAUGAUUGGGUUGACAGCGUUGCCGCACGUCGGUGGUCUCUAUGGUGGCUUCAUUACACGCAAAGAGGUAAAAAACUGGUACCCAACCUUGAACAAACCCUCAUGGCGCCCACCAAACGCAGCAUUCCCUGUGGUGUGGACUUGCCUGUACACCGGAAUGGGGUAUGGCUCCUACCUGAUCUGGAAAGAGCUUGGAGGUUUCACUGAAGAUGCUGUGGUUCCACUGGGGCUUUAUGGGCUGCAGCUCGCUCUGAACUGGGCCUGGACUCCCAUUUUCUUUGGUGCACACAAACUGAAAUGGGCCCUGGUGGAGAUUGUGUUUCUCACGGGGACGGUUGGAGCCACCAUGGUGUCUUGGUAUUCCAUCAGCCGCACCGCCUCCCUGCUCCUCGCUCCCUAUCUGUCCUGGCUGUGCCUCGCCACAGCCCUCAACUACUGCGUAUGGAGAGAUAACCCAGAGAAAAAGGAAGAGUAGAGCACAUUGCAGUGUGUUGAUUUCCAUUGCUAAAUCUUAAUUCACUACAAUAAAAUUCCUUUGCAGAAAUGACAGAUCAGUUUCACAGCUAACCUUUUUUUGACGAUUCAGCUUUUGUCUAUCAGUUUGACAAGGACCUGUCUACAUGUUAUUAGUAAAUCAUGCCCAUUUGUUCUGCAGAUCACCAUGCUCUUCAAAGUAACUCUUAAAAAUGGGCAUUAUUCCUGUCACACUAAUACAAUGAGGUAUACUACAUUCUGAUCAAAGCUUUUCAGACUUUGAGUAUCCAGCUUAACUCAGGAUCCAUAUAGGAACUGAGUUUUGUUAUGUUUCUGUGCUUCCUUUGCUAAACAUUUUUACGAAUCAUGCUUUUCUGAUUAACAUUUAUGCGUGUAAAAGUUUGGUGUUCUAAUUUGCAUUCUUUUCAUUUGUAAAUAAAAUGAGUUUUUUAAGCAAA